CAUAGGGAAAAUAUGUAUACAAAUACAGUUCCAGGGUGUGGUUAAUGCCUCUAUCUUAAAAAUGCCUUCCCUGGAUCCAGUAGAAAACUACUGUCCCAUCCUGAGCAAGGUGAUUGGCUGAGAUGGUGGUGGCAAGCCAGCUGCAGGUACACCUAGAGGAAGCAGAUUAUCUAAACCCUUUCCAGUUUGGUUUCAGGCCUGGCUUUGGUACUGAGAAGACCUUGAUCACCCUGAUUGAAGACAGACAGUGGGAGUGCAGCCCUGUUGGUUCUCCUUGACCUCUCAGUAGUUUGGGGCGCUAUUGACUGGUUUCUUUCUGGAGUGACUUGAGGAUGUUAGAGUGGGAGAUACUGAAUUACAGUGGUUUCACUCCAACCUGCAGGGGCACUACCAGAAAGUAAUACUAGGAGACUGUUGCUUGGCCCCAUGGCUUUUCAGUUGUGGGGUCCUGCAAGGGUCUUACACCUGCUUUUAAAGGGGUUAUAUUUCCUGUGAAGGAACAGGUUCGUAGUUUGGGAGUGCUCCUGGAUUCCAUCUUGUCACUGGAGUCUCAGGGGCUUCUGUGGCCUUUAGUGCUUAUGCUCAGCUAAGGAUGGUUCACCAGCUAUUGGAAAAGCUUGGCCUCAGUUACCCAUGCUUUGGUGACCUGCCUGUACUACUGUAAUACACUCUAUGUAGAGCUGCCCUUGAAAGUGAUCUGAAGAUUGCAGCUAGUACAGAAUUCAGCUGCUAUGUUGAUAAGUGGGGCAUCCCAAUGGGAUGUGUCCUUAGAAUUCUACACUGGCUGCCAGUGAGAUUCCUGGUGCAAUUCAAGAUAUUAGUGUUAGCAUUUAAGAAUCUAAGUGGCAUGGGACUCAAGUACACAAAAGAGCAGCUUCUCCAAUGGCAACCAUCUUGGGCAUUAUGAUAAUCAAGAGAAGCCCUAUUGGUGGUAUUGCCAUUGGUAGUUGCUCAGUUGCCCUCUUGGUUGCAGUCCCCUGCUUGUGGCAUUCCUUACCUUGUGAGGUACACUUGAUCCACAGCACGGAUAUAUUACAGAAAGAAUAAGCAAUGCCUGAAUACCAGUCAAAAUGACUGUAAAAUGAAAUUGUAGCAUUAAUUUGCUUGAGAUGGAAGAUGCAGAAAAAAUUGCUUGCUUGAGAUGGAAGAUUCAGAAAAAAUAUUGUGAUAGUCAGUUCUUUUCUUUGUUUUCUCAGCUACUUUAUUGACAGUGUUGAAAUGAGAUUUCUACUCUGGACAGAGCAGAAUUGUGUUGAUUGUUGGAAAAAGGUGUCUCGUGAUCCCAGUCUGUACUUAUUUGUGUAGUAAUUUAUUGUCUUUUGCUUGUUCCAAGGAAGGGAAUGUUUUGUUACUAAUGAGGCCAAAUUACAUCUAUUUUCUUCAACAGGUAUUCAGUACCAAUAUAUGGGGGUGAGAGAUAAGACUCACAUACUCUUUCCCAUUAUAAUACACCAGUGGACUUUACGCACAAUGGUUUUUAACUGUUAAUGAGCAUGGAGGCGUUGCUGAUUCUAUGGCAAGCUACCAGCACUGGCAAUAUUUCCAAUAGGAUAACAGGGGCCGGUUUAAGCUCAUCAGAGAAAUGAUGACAGUGCUGUGGAUGCCUUCAUUAUACUAAGAUGUACUUGGGCUACACAGGGCUCUUAGGCUGGUGACAGAAGGUAUGUGGAUUUACCUUAAAUUAUUGCUAUUAAGUGCUGGGUGCUAUAGAUAAAGGUAAUAUUCAGUUUUGCCUAGGAAUGACAUAAGAAAUCCUCAGCCUCCUUUAUGUGCUGUGCAUCCUUUAUCAUUUCAUAGUGCAACAGUAGAGCACAAGCCUUCCAUGCAAAAGGUUCCACCCACAGUAUGCCUUUGCCUAGGCUGUUACAAGUAAACAUAGAAAAUUAUGUAAUAGCACAAUAGUUACCCAUUAUUGGAGUAUUUCAGCAGCCUAGAAGCCUGCAAGAUUUAUGAUAAAACAAGGUAUUAAGGACAGGGCUUUCUGCCUUCUCUUACCUUUUAAGUACUGUGAGUGAAGCUGGGUUGAGCCAACUAUUUUCUCUGGGCUCAUCAUAUAGCAAUGUAACUUCACAAGCAUGAAGCGGAAGAGAAAGUGCUUUGUAUUAUUUCAUGUGACAUUGAGACUGAAUAGGCUAGAGUAGGUCCCUAGUGCCCAGAGAGCUGGAUGCUGCUGCAGGCCAGAUGAGUUUAGGCCACAGACUGCAUUUAGUUCACAGGCCAGGAGCACCCUGUUCCAGCAUUAUCUGUGGUAAGGUCAGCAGUAUCCAAUUUGACUGUAUACUGUCAAACAGGUGGAGGUUGUGAAAUUCACCUCAGAGAGGUUGAUCUUGCACAGAACAGGUCUCUGGGGACAUGGCUUUUUCAUUGCCGACCCCAUUAGCUGGUAGUUGAAAUCUGGGCACCAUAAUGGGUAUCUCCCAUAUGUUUAUUAUUUAAACUUCAGUGCUUCGAAGACUUAGAAGGGGAUAUAUUUGGUCUGCUUCCCACAUUACUCCUCCUGGAGCUGAAUCUGGAAGUCAUUCAUACAAAAUCAGAAAGUGGAUUUUUUUUUUUGCAAGUAUUUGAGUCAUACAAUGGUGUACUAAGCUGCUCCUGAAUUCUUGGCACACCACUAUCUGUCUUUCAAUGAGAUGUGAGUAAGUAUUCUACCCUUCUCACACACGUUAUAAUUUUACUCAAAGGAUGCAUAAAAUCCAAGCCAAAGUUUGACAUGGCUUGAAUCAAAAUAUACCUAGGUUUAUUUAUUUUUGUUUAUUUCACAGCUAGAUUGCAAUAAAACCUCCAAGUGGUUUAAAAUAAGAAUUACCAGUAAAGAAAAUAGUUAAAAACAACUAUUUAAAACAUUCAAAAAAUAAUUAAACUCAAUUAUAUGCUUAAAAGCCAGGUUAAAGUGCAUGUCAACAUUUUACAUAUCUGGAUAGGCUUGCACAAACAAAAAUGUUUUUAGCAGGUGCCAAAAAGAGUAUAGUGAAGGUUGAUUGCCACUAGGAACAGCUGCAGUUUUAAAGCAUUACAAAGAUUUUGCACAGAAUCUGACAUUAACUGACAUGGAAUUUUAUUGUCUAAAGCAGGCACCCCCAAACUUCGGCCCUCCAGAUGUUUUGGACUACAAUUCCCAUCAUCUCUGACCACUGGUCCUGUUAGCUAGGGAUCAUGGGAGUUGUAGGCCAAAACAUCUGGAGGGCCGCAGUUUGGGGAUGCCUGGUCUAAAGCAAGUGCAGCCAAUGUGAUACCCUCCUGAAGUUGUUCAACUAUAAUUCCCAUCAGCCCAGUCAGCAUGGCCAGUGGUGAGGGUUGAUGAGUGUUGUAGUCUGUCAACAUCUGGCGAGCAUUGUGUUUGACUACCUGUGGUCUUACCAUUCUUACUGAAGAAACUUGGUAGACAUGACAUUGUGGCACUUCGCAGCUUCUGGGCAGGAGGAUAAUAAGCCAAUCCUAAUUGUAGUUGUCACUGUCUCCUUGUUUCAUGCAGAUGAUUGAACGUGUGUGUGUGUGUGUGUGUGUGUGUAGUGGGGAUGGUUGAGUUUACCUUCAGUGAAAUGCAGACAAGAUUAUUUGAAAGCAGUCUGAGUGGCUGUUACUAAUAUUGUGUGUCCAAGGCUCUGAGUCUCAUGUGCAUAUCUCUCAGAACAGAAGAGAGCCCAGGGUUGGGAUUAACCUUGGCAGCCAUGUUCUGAGGUGAUUAUUUAGCAGGUCAACCAUGAACCCCAAACUGAGACGCUGGGCCCUGCAGCAUGCUGCAGAGCCUAGCCAAGGGUGUGACAGCUCACUUUCUGGCUUGUAGUGAGAGGGGGGAGGACCUGUAUUUUUAGAAGGGGGAAAGAAACUCAAAUAUUUUGUGCAUUAUAGUACUACCAACCCCAGGGUACUUCACAUUCAGCUGAGCAGCAACAGCAGUCUGCAAGAGCUUGGCAAGGGAGGGAGAGCUAAGCACUCAGCCAGGCAGGCUGCUUACAAGCCCAGUAUGAGCACCUUCUGGCAUUGACACAUUUUGGUCUUUCUGCUUCCUCACUGAGCUGAGUGACCUUCUGCCCUUGGCAAAUUCCCAGUUGGGUCAGCCAGAUCCAAUAAAUUCCAAGCUGGUCAAAAGGUACCCUGGCCCUAAAUGGGCUCUGCCGUAGCUGAUUAUCAGGCACACGCCCCUUUGUGGCCUCACAUGCUCAAUGCCCACGUCUUGGAUUGAGAGCCACAGCUCUGGUGUCUGCACUCAUCCAUGUUGAGCAGCUGGGCAGAGAGCAUGCCAGGUCAGCCAAGGGAGGGUUACGCCUCUAGGGCUCUGCAGCCGCUUGGAUUAAGGGGCUAUGCGGAUUUACUCUCUGCUCUUGCUUCAAUUCCUCUCCCUCCGACGUUCUGUAUAGGGAACAUGCAAGCAAUGCAAAGCAAACUAGGUCAUUGCAAAGGGACUUUGUGCAUCUGUGAGAUCCUCUGGGGGAGGCUGCUGGCUCUCCCGGCUCCCAGCUUCUGCUUGUAGCAUUUUUGCCUCCCUUACCAAGUCACACUGCUGCCUCCCCUGGAUCUUGAAAAGGGAUGUGAUUAGCACAGGCAGCAGAUGGGGAAUUUCCGUGAGCUCCAAAUGCCUCCUCUUGACAAGUGCUUCGCUGACACUAUUCCAGUGCCCAGUUCUCCUCCUCCUGGACAGACAGAUUCUGCAAGAAGCAACUUCCUGCUGGUUUGAACCUCAGGCACCAGGGUCUGCAGCAGGGCAUGGAACUUAGGCUGCCUCUACCCUUCAUUUCUGGAUUUAGUUGCUGUUCUCCCCUCGGCCUGGCAGAGUCAUGGAUUUACAGAUCAAGCUGGCUAUGAUUCCCCAGCAUGAAUACAGGGAACAAAUCCAUAACCAUCCAUCUGUCCAAUGGCAUUAAUUUCAGCAUGUACAUGUAUCAGGAAUUUGCAACACUGACUAGGGAACUCAAUGCAUGCCGAGAGCAGCUGUUGGAAAGGGAAGAGGAAAUAUCUGAACUGAAAGCAGAGCGUAAUAAUACAAGGCUUUUGUUAGAGCACCUGGAGUGCCUGGUCUCAAGACACGAACGCUCCCUGAGGAUGACUGUGGUGAAGCGGCAAGCUCAGUCCCCAUCUGGUGUCUCCAGUGAAGUUGAAGUUCUAAAAGCAUUGAAAUCUUUGUUUGAACAUCAUAAAGCACUGGAUGAGAAGGUGAGAGAGCGCUUACGGGCAGCACUGGAACGAGUAGCUACACUAGAAGAACAGCUUUCUAGUGCUCACCAACAGGUAAGUGCUCUUCAGCAAGGCCCCUCCCAGAGGGAAGCACCUGUAGGAGAAGAUGAUAAAAGGACUGAGGGAAAAGAAUCUGGGCAGAAGCUACUUUGGAAGAGACUUCCUAAUGGCUCUAUACAUCCGGAUGAUGAGGCAAGCCGGACUGUAGAACUGCAGGAACUUCUAGAGAAGCAAAACUUUGAGGUAGCGCAAGCUAAAGAACGAAUAGCUGCUUUGGCUGCCAGUGUUGCUGAGCUAGAAGAAGAUCUAAGCACAGCCAGGAGGGACCUAAUCAAAUCAGAAGAAAUGAGCGGCAAGUACCAGAGGGACCUAAGAGAGGCUUUGGCACAGAAAGAUGACAUGGAGGAGAGGAUCACCACCUUGGAGAAGCGCUAUUUGGCAGCCCAAAGAGAAGCCACCUCCAUUCAUGACCUCAAUGAUAAACUAGAGAAUGAGCUGGCCAAUAAAGAGUCUCUCCAUCGCCAGUGUGAGGAGAAAGCACGGCAUCUCCAGGAGCUUCUCGAACUGGCAGAGCAGAAACUGCAGCAGACAAUGAGGAAAGCUGAGACGCUGCCUGAAGUGGAAGCUGAACUGGCUCAAAGGAUAGCAGCACUCACCAAGGCAAAAGAAAGGCAUGGCAGUAUUGAAGAGCGACUGCGGCAGCUGGAGACUCAGUUGGAGGAGAAGAACCAAGAACUAGCAAGGGCCCGUCAGAGGGAGAAAAUGAAUGAGGAACACAACAAGCGGCUGUCUGAUACUGUGGAUAGACUGCUGAGUGAGUCCAAUGAGCGGCUUCAGCUUCAUUUGAAAGAACGGAUGGCAGCCCUUGAAGAGAAGAACACAUUACUACUUGAACUGGAAAAUACCCAAAAACAAAUAGAGGAGCAGCAUCAUGACAAGAGAAGGCUGUCAGAUGAAAUUGACAAAUUGAGAUUAGAAAUUGACCAGUUAAAGACAAGAAGUGGAUCUUUUCUUGACAGUGUACAUACAAGGUCGCUUGUUGGAAGCACCCCAGACCUCAGGUAUCCCCUGAGUACUAUUGUCCAUGCACCAGCCGAGCCCUUUGGAACACCCUCCAGUCUUCACCGGGCACCAAAGAGCCGAUUUACAACUCUGCGGGAAGACCCCUCCAAGGAUUGGGACCUUGCUCAGCCAGGUGGGGUCCUUGCCACUACAUCUCACACCUUUGACAGUGACCCAGAGAUCUCUGAUGUUGAUGAGGAUGAUCGGGAGACUGUGUUUAGUUCCAUGGACAUGCUGUCACCAAGCGGUCACUCUGAUGCCCAGACCCUUGCUAUGAUGCUGCAGGAACAGCUUGAUGCCAUCAAUGAGGAGAUCAGAAUGAUCCAGGAGGAGAAAGAAUCAACUGAGCUGCGGGCUGAGCAGUUGGAGAGCCGUGUCACCAGUGGUAGCAUGGAGGCCCUGAAUCUAACACAGCUACGCAAAAGAGCAUCUAUCCCCACCUCCCUUACUGCCUUAUCCUUGGCCAGCUCAUCUCCUCCUGUCAGUGGGCGCUCUACUCCCAAGCUCACCUCUCGCAGUGCAGCUCAGGAUCUUGAUCGGAUAUGCAGCAUGACCCUGCCAAGUGACUUGAGGAAACACAGGAGGAAGCUACUUUCACCAGCUGGUCGAGAUGAGAGUCGAGAAGAUAAAACCACCAUAAAAUGUGAGACUUCUCCUCCUUCCUCACCCAGGACACUGCGGCUGGAGAAGCUUGGACAUCCUGCUCUGAGCCAGGAGGAAGGCAAGAGCUUUUUAGAGGACCAAGCAAGUAAUCCCAGCAGCAGUAACAGCAGCCAGGAUUCUCUGCACAAAGGUUCCAAAAGGAAAGGCAUCAAAUCUUCUAUUGGGCGCUUGUUUGGAAAGAAAGAGAAAGGACGCUUGAUCCAGUUCAGCAGAGAAGGCGCUACUGGGCAAGUUAUGUUGACAGAUUCAGAAAUAAACAUACAGGACUCUCUUGGUCUUGGCAAACUAGGAGCUCAAGCAGAAAAAGACCGACGGCUCAAAAAAAAACAUGAACUUUUGGAAGAUGCUCGAAGAAGGGGCGUUCCCUUUGCUCAGUGGGAUGGCCCAACUGUAGUCUCCUGGUUGGAGCUUUGGGUAGGCAUGCCUGCCUGGUAUGUUGCAGCCUGCAGAGCCAAUGUAAAGAGUGGUGCUAUCAUGUCUGCCUUGUCGGAUACAGAGAUCCAGAGGGAGAUUGGCAUUAGUAAUGCUCUUCAUCGAUUAAAGCUGCGUUUGGCAAUUCAGGAAAUGGUGUCACUAACAAGCCCUUCAGCUCCACCUACUUCAAGGACAUCAUCUGGAAAUGUUUGGGUGACACAUGAAGAGAUGGAAACUAUAGCAACUUCAACCAAAACGGACAAUGAGGAGGGCAGUUGGGCACAGACAUUGGCUUAUGGGGACAUGAAUCAUGAAUGGAUAGGGAAUGAAUGGCUUCCUAGUCUGGGUCUCCCACAAUAUCGCAGCUAUUUCAUGGAGUGUCUGGUGGAUGCACGGAUGCUGGAUCAUCUGACUAAGAAAGAUCUUCGAGUGCACCUCAAGAUGGUGGACAGUUUCCACCGCACAAGCCUGCAGUAUGGUAUCAUGUGCCUGAAAAGACUAAACUAUGAUAGAAAAGAGCUGGAGAGGAGGCGGGAGGAAAGUCAGCAUGAAAUCAAAGAUGUGUUGGUUUGGACCAAUGAUCAAGUAAUUCACUGGAUUCAGUCUAUUGGGCUUAGAGAGUAUGCAAACAAUAUUGUUGAGAGUGGAGUCCAUGGAGCCCUCAUAGCAUUGGAUGAAAAUUUUGAUUAUAAUAGUCUGGCACUUGUGUUACAAAUACCCACUCAGAAUACUCAGGCACGACAAGUGAUGGAGAGAGAAUUCAACAAUCUGCUUGCCUUGGGCACUGAUAGGAGGCUUGACGAUGGUGAUGACAAGAGUUUUCGGCGAACUCCCUCCUGGCGAAAGCGCUUCCGCCCCCGAGACUUUAACAGCAUCAGCAUGCUUAGCGGAUCAGCAGAGACGCUCCCAGCAGGGUUCCGAGUGACCUCCUUGGUGCCCCUUCCACCUCCUUCAGCACCACCGAAAAAAAUGCCACCAGAAGGUAAGGUCCAGCUUUGCUCUUGUUCAUGGGAGAUGAAUAAGACAGUUUCAAAACCAUCAAGUGUUGGGACGCUGCAUGGUGUGUGAUCUCUGCUGAUAAGAAGCCCAACACUCUAGUUUCCUGAAUAUAAUCGUAACUACUAAUUGGACUUCUAGCAUGAUUUGCCUGCGCAGACUACAUAUAGACCUUACUUUUGGUUCUUGUACUCCCUGAAUCUGAUGCUGGUAUAAGAGAGUUUAG